AAAAAUUUAAAGUCGUCAGCAUGGAGAGAGUAUGUUCUCUGUUAAAGGAGAAUUUCGAAGAUAUGGAACAAAAGGAGAGGCAGGCUUUUGGUAAGCUGAUUUUAAAAAAGUGGACAUACAUUCGAGACUCGUGGAUGAAAGCAUUGAAAAAACAUAAAGACCAAAAAACAAGUGGCACAUCGACCAAACCUUCAAGACUUUAUAUAUAAUGAGC